UUCCUAUCCCGCACGCCGUGUCGUGAAUACGUACGGUUGGAUUCGCAGCCGCGCGCACUCGCUUGCCCAUGUGGACCCCUCGGAAUCCUGUAGUGUGUAGUGAAUCGGUUGCAUAAUUUUUGCGCGGCGAUCUUUGGCAAAGAUCCACGCUUGACUUCGUGCAUUUUUCUUCUGCUUCUGUGAUCCAGAUAGAUUAGAAAAAGAGUGAAAAUGGUUACAGUGAGUUUGUUGAGAUUUGAAUGAAGUGUGCUGCUGGCAGCUUUCAGUCAGUGCAAAGAAAGUCGGGAAUAAAUCUAACAUAUUUAUAGUGGCCGAGUCAUUGCGAAGACGCACAUCAUGGUUAUACCGGGAAUUCCGUUCAUCAAACUUGUCCCCCUGCUGGGAGGAUCUGCAUUAAAGGCUGCUCCAGCUGUAACUGUAGUUACAACCACUGUUGCAGCAGCUAUCAAGACUGCGACUGCAAUUAUAGGGGUGGGGAAAUUGGCAAUCAUACCGAUACUGAUCGCAUCGUUGGCGUAUUAUAACUAUGAUCUUUUCGAUCCGGAGAAUCGACCAUUCAACGUGAAGCAGGUUGAUCGAGAGUAUGAUUUCAUUGUUGUCGGAGCUGGGUCAGCGGGAGCCGUUGUGGCAUCCAGACUAUCGGAGAUUGGUGAUUGGAAGGUGCUGCUACUUGAAGCCGGGGGUCACGAAACGGAAAUUUCAGAUGUGCCAAUAUUAUCGCUAUACUUGCAUAAAAGCAAGCUUGAUUGGAAGUACAGAACCCAACCGCAAAAAACCGCCUGUCAAGCGAUGAAGGAGAACCGGUGCUGCUGGACGCGUGGAAAAGUUUUGGGCGGUUCGUCGGUGCUAAACACCAUGCUCUACAUUCGCGGCAAUAAACGCGACUUUGACCUGUGGCACGCGUUAGGAAACCCCGGCUGGAGUUAUGAGGAAGUAUUGCCAUAUUUUAGAAAAUCUGAAGACCAGCGCAAUCCCUACUUGGCACGCAACAAGAGACAACAUGCAACGGGUGGUCUCAUGCAGAUCCAAGAUGUUCCAUAUUUGACUCCAUUGGGUGUAUCAUUUUUACAAGCUGGUGAAGAAAUGGGCUACGACAUCGUGGAUGUGAACGGUGAACAGCAAACGGGAUUUGCAUUCUUCCAAUUUACCAUGAGACGUGGUACGAGAUGCAGUUCGUCCAAAGCAUUUUUAAGACCCGUUCGUAAUCGGAAGAAUUUACACGUUGGCUUGUUUUGUCAUGUAACGAAGGUUAUUAUGGAUCGAGACAAUAAGCGAGCAUUGGGAGUCGAAUUUAUCCGCGAUGGAAAUAGACAUGAAGUGUAUGCUACUAGAGAAGUUAUCCUGUCUGCUGGAUCGAUUGGAACCCCGCAUAUAAUGAUGCUUUCGGGAAUUGGGCCUAGAGAAAAUCUGGAACAAGUUGGAGUACCAGUGAUUCAUGAGCUACCAGGGGUGGGGCAGAAUCUCCAGGAUCAUAUAGCAGUCGGGGGCCUGGUAUUCCGCGUCGACCAACCUAUUUCGGUGAUUAUGAAUCGUUUGGUAAAUCUUAACUCUGCAAUUCGCUACGCAGUUACCGAAGAUGGUCCACUAACAAGUAGCAUUGGAUUAGAAGCAGUUGGUUUCAUCAACACAAAAUAUGCUAAUCAAUCUGAUGACUGGCCGGAUAUAGAAUUCAUGUUGACGAGUGCAUCAACGCCGUCCGAUGGUGGUGACCAAAUUAAGAAAGCUCAUGGAUUAAAAGAUGAAUUCUAUGACCACAUGUUUAGUGAAAUUAAUAAUCAAGAUGUUUUCGGUGUAUUCCCAAUGAUGUUGAGGCCCAAAAGUCGAGGAUUUAUACGAUUGCAAUCGAAGAACGCGCUUCGCUAUCCUCUGCUAUACCAUAACUACCUGACGCACCCCGAUGAUGUCGGUGUCCUCCGAGAAGGAGUGAAAGCGGCUAUCGCAUUUGGGGAAACACAAGCCAUGAAGCGCUUUGGUGCUAGGUUCCAUAGCAAGCAAGUACCAAAUUGUAAUCACCUUCCCGAAUUUACCGAUGAGUACUGGGACUGCGCCAUUCGACAGUACACCAUGACUAUCUAUCACAUGUCGGGAACAGCUAAAAUGGGUCCCCGAGAGGAUCCUUUUGCAGUGGUAGACAACAAACUACGGGUGCAUGGAAUCAAGGGGUUGCGUGUAAUUGAUGCCAGUAUAAUGCCACGGAUAACAAGUGGGAACAUUAAUGCACCAGUCGUUAUGAUCGGCGAGAAAGGUGCUGAUCUUAUCAAGGAGCUCUGGUUACAAAGAGCGUUCUACAGUAGGAGAGGAAAACGAGAACGCGACCAGAAAGGAAAUGCCACCACUACUGAGCCUAGUGCAAAUGCAACGACAAAAAGCUAGUAUUUAGCUAAUAUAACAAUAGAUAUAUGACAAAGCCAAAACUGUUCAUUCUGAAAUAAUAUGGAAUCGAUUACCUUUCUGUGGCAUGUAAAAGUAGUUACCAGUGCUUGCUCGACAAAAGCUAUCUUUGUAAAUAAUCCUCACGAUAUCGAACGAACGAUCGAUGAUAAAUAGAAGAAUCUUGUUCGCCACAGAAGUGCUUAAAGUAGUAGAAAAUCGAAUUAAAAUGACUGACUAUUUAAGUUAGUAGAUGUACGUAACAUGUAGUGACUUAGGUAGGAAUUGAGGUGAAAAACAAUUUUAAAUAAGAAAAGCCAAAUAAUGGU